ACUAUACUCUACUUUCCACGAACUGCCGCAUGCUUGAAUCGACAAAGGGUGCUUUUUUACCGUCCCAAAUAUUUCACCAACCAUGCUUUCAUUUGCCCUUGCCGUUCUCAUCAUCUCACCCCUUCUGAUCCCUUCAACGCUCUGCGUGCCCCAGGGAGUCACGGCUAUCAUUCGACCACCAGGGGCCUCCCCCCCGGGAUGUCUCGACAGCUAUCCGGGGGCCUUCGGUUUCCAACCAACCGAUCACCCCUCCUCCUCCCAGAUGGCCGAAUCCCAAUGCAUCCAGCCGAACUCUCUGAAGAUGUCUCUCAACAAGGGCCUCCUGGUCGACCAUCUGGGCCGAAUUGGCUCCAUCGUUGCCAACCGACAAUUCCAGUUUGAUGGACCCCCUGCUCAAGCGGGGGCGGUUUAUACCGGGGGUUGGUCCGUUUGCCCGGAUAGCUUGAUCGCCCUGGGGCCGCAGAAGCAGUUUUACGCCUGUGCGAGCGGUGACUGUAAGUUUCCCGGGAACCUCAGCCGGAGGGGUGGGGGGGUAGGGGAAUUGACACGUGUGUAGUUGAGAACAUCUACGACUCGAGGAUUGCAGACUAUUGCAGGCCGAUAUUUUUGAAGCUUGUCUCGUUUGUGGAGUGUUAGUGGGCUGGUCGGUCGGUCACCCCCCAGCGUGGUUUUUAAUAUGGAUGUAGUGGGGGUGAGGGAUGACUGAUUCUCUGGGCGACUUUACGGGCGAAGAGUAGACCGCCUUUGCUUGUGAUAGGGAGAUCGGUCAAUGGACACUAUAGCUUUAGACUUUCGAGUGAUUCAAGAUGACGAAUGAGGAGCAAAAGUUUUGAGGCUCAUAGUUUAUUUGAGGCGCCCAAUACCAAGUGAAAAGUGAUAAAAGAGAAGCAACCAAAGAAUCCCAAAUAACCCGUUCAAUAGCAAUCCUUCCACUCCAUUUAACCCUACAACCCAUCCAGACUCUUGACACCAGGCUUCAAAGCCUUGUCCCUGGCAGCUUGAUCGAGAGGGCCCACAGGAUUGCUGGUGAGGCGACUAGUCUGACUCUCCGAGCUCUGAUCCGUCACCGUAUCCACCCGCUCCUCGCGCACUUUCCCACCCGACGGCGCACCGGUCUGCGACUCGGAGAGGCGCUCGGGGGAGGGCGAUUGACGGCCACUUUUCUGGGAGGACAUUUUCCGUUUUGCUCGUUCCGUUUCGAAUUCGUCUGGGGCGGGAGUGCGACUGGUAGACUAUUGUUUUCCUGAUCAAUCGAGUUGUGGUCUAGUCACAAGUGUGCGGGGAUGGGGAAAGGAAAUUUGGAUGUGUUAUAUAGACCAAGUUAGCGCUCGUAGAGCUUUGGGAAGUGCGUAGUUGUGAUGUCAUGGUUUGUUAUCAAACUUGUACUGGUAUGAUACUUGCAUGUUGGGUUGUCUUGCUGCUGAGUGGGUAGACUACAGUGUUUCGUAUCAUACUUCUA